UUAGUAUAGACAGUGCCCUCUCCCAGCCAAAUGCCCGCAGGACCUGUUGCCGUGGUAAAUAUGGCUGAUAGGAUGGUCGAUUGUUUGCUCUUCUGCCGCUUUGACGCCUGGCUGGUCGCUUUUUGGGGCAAAAUGGUGAAUGUGACCUGAAUGCGGCAGCUGACUUAAUAAAAGCGGAUAACGUUAAACUGAUUUCUGAUCGCCUGGGCAUUGAUGCCAUUUAGAGCUACUUUCGCAGCGUUAGUCAUCGCUUCAGAGGCUGCGGUCUGCGGUGGCCUCAGCCUGUUUCUGUUGUCGUAGACGUGUACGGAAACGGUCCUUUAUAAUGUAAGAUAAGCGUUCGUGUGUGCCGUGUGAUGGUGUCGUGUUAUAGUUCUCGACGCUUCGCUCCAACAUUUUAAGAAAGGUAACAGAUAAGCGGACAUUGCAGGGGGGGUUCGAGGAAUUACUUGCUGACCUACAGUCAUCGCAUGUGGGUUGACGGUCGCACUGUCGUUCCUUAUCGUUAGUCUAUUUGCGCAAGGAGGUCUAGCAGACGCCCCAGCCCAGGAAGGUGAUAUUUGUUCACGUAAGCCGCUGGUGCACACAGGGGUACGGGCAGCGAGCAGAGGGGACGCGCUUGUUGCAUCGCCAAACUGAGCAGCUCCUGCGCGCGUUGAUGUGUCGUCGCGCUUCGAGGAGCAAUUCAAGCGUAAAAAUCCACCGGCAGACAUCAAAAUCUAACAUCUAGAAAGGCCGUUUUUGAACGAAUCCGUUAUUUUGUGCAUGUUGAACCGAAAUCGCUUCUACAAAGCCCACGGGUUUUUUUUUCGGGUUUUUUUUUUUCUCCAGCGGCAGUAAUGCCCACCAGGGCGAUGACAUUCGUUGGACACGGAACGACUAGCGGCGUUUUGCAGAAUCCGUGAUCUCGUAGGAAGCGUAAUUUAUGAAUGCACUUCGGCGUUUGGGGAUUGUGUUGAAGGAGAAUGCAGCAGCCAGAUCUUUUAGCCCAGCGCCACUAACUGGGGCUGUUUCCGGUUCCUAAGUGGUCGGUGUUUCCCCAUCACGAAUUGCAUGGGGAAAGCGACACACACAGAUGGCAUGGACACUUGCGCAAGGUCUGCCGCUCUGCCCUGCUACCGGAGCCUAUUCUCAGCACCCCAGCACCAUAACACAACUCCAUCGUCCUCGCCCCGCGUCAGCCCCGAGAGCACUGCACCACCGCGACCGACCUCCCCCGAGCCACAGUAGACGGCAUGAGGAGGCUUGAUCCGGUGCAUUUCUCCAUGCUGGUCGUCGGGGUCUCCUUCGCCUGCUACGCCCCGAGUUUGGAUUCCCUGCAGGAACAGGCUUACCAGUCGGCCGUGGUGAUCGAAGGCGAGGUGCGCUCGCUGCCCGAAAACGUCUCCGCGGAGGCGUACAGUGUGAAUGUCAAAGUGCUGGACGUGUGGCCGUCGAACAGCGGCGGGCUGGAGCGGGAGCAGCUCGUGACAGUCGGGGAAUUCGGCUCUGAGGCUCCGUGUGUUGCGGUGGAAAAGGACCACAGAUAUUUGUUUUUCAUGGACCCAACGGAGGAGCCCUUGGUGUUCAAAGCGUCGUAUGCCCCUUUGGAAACCAUUGAGAAAAAUUUGAAAAAAGAUGUGGAGAGUAUAUUGUGUGAAGACUGCGCGUCAGCUCCAAAGGUGAAGGCCAUGCGUUCUCAGUGGGUGGGCGAAGGCGACAGGGUCACCCUGAAGUGUGAGGCUCAGGGCAACCCAAGGCCGUCCUUCCGCUGGUUCAAAGAUGGCAGUGAACUCCACAAGAGCAAAGACAUCAAAAUCAAAACUAACAAGAAGAACUCCAAGAUCCAGAUCAGCCGAGUGAGACUGGAGGAUUCUGGGAACUACACGUGCGUAGUGGAGAACUCGCUGGGCAAGGAGAACUCCACGAGCUACGUCAGCGUCCAAAGCAUAACUACCACGCUGUCUCCGGGCUCCAGCCAUGCCAGGAAGUGCAAUGAGACAGAGAAGGCAUACUGUGUCAACGGUGGUGACUGUUAUUUCAUACACGGUAUAAACCAGCUGUCCUGCAAGUGUCCAAAUGACUAUACUGGUGAUCGCUGUCAAACCUCCGUUAUGGCCAGUUUCUACAAGCAUCUUGGAAUUGAAAUUAUGGAGGCGGAAGAGCUGUACCAGAAGCGGGUGCUGACAAUAACAGGCAUCUGUGUGGCUCUACUGGUUGUUGGAAUCGUGUGUGUCGUGGCAUACUGCAAAACCAAGAAACAGAGCAAGAAGAUGCAAAACCACCUUCACCAAAACAUGUGUGUGGAACACCCCAAUCGCAUGUUGGCCAACGGGCCCAACCACCCCGGGCCUGGCCCCGGUCAGGAGGAGAUCCCUAUGGUCGACUACAUCUCUAAGAAUGUCCCAGCCACUGAGAGAAUAAUACGACAUGGAACAGAGACGUCGGGCAACUUCUCGGGCAGCCGGAUGUCCUCACGAUCCCACCAUUCCUCCACCGCCUCCCACGCUUCCUGUCACCGGAACGAGGAGAGGACAUGGAGUAUGGAGAGGUCAGACAGCAUGAACUCUGACUGCCACUCGGGGGCACUGUCCUCUUCAGUGGGCACCAGUAAAUGCAGCAGUCCAGCGUGCAUGGCUCGUCGGGCGGCGCACUGUGGCUAUUCCGAACCUCCACGGCGCCCCCUGCAGUACGGAGACUCGUAUGACUCUCUGCGGGACUCGCCUCACAGCGACAGGUACGUGUCAGCGCUGACCACACCUGCCCGAUUGUCUCCAGUGGACUUUCACUCUUCACUGCCCCAGCAGGUGCCUACCUUCCAGAUCACCACCCCCAACGCCAGCCACGCCCUCUCACUCCCUCCCGCCGCCUCCAGCGCGGCCGCCGUGGGCUGCUACUCGCCCGGCGACGACCAGCCGCUGCUGCGCCGCCCUCGCCGCACCCGCCGGCCGUGCGGCUUGGCCGAGAGCGCGGGCUCGCUGCCGGCCAGCCCGUACCGCUUCGCCGACGAUGAGGACUACGAGACCACGCAGGAGUACAUGUCAUCCCGUGAGCGGCCCAAGAAGAUGGGCAGCGACCGGCGCUGGCGCAGGCGGCCGCGGGCCAACGGCCACGUCUCCCAGCGAGCCAGGGGCCCGGGCGACUUUAGCUCCCAGAGCUGCCUGUCGGACAGCGAAUGGGAGCAGGAGGACGAGGAUGAGGAGCUGGGCGACCUAGCGCACGGCGAGAGCACGCCGUUCCUCAGCAUGCAGAACAUGACCGCCCCCGAGCCGCUCACCAUCUGCCGGCCCAACGACACGCGGACAUACAGCGGCGCGCCACGGGGCGGGUCCCGCCUCAACCCGCAAGGGAGCAAACUGUCGCAGUCCCGGUCCAGGCCGGACAAUGCACCCCUUUAA